AAGCAGAAGUAGUCCUUUGGAAGUCUUAGGGCAACGAUUUUUAGAAUCUUACCAUCCAGCUAAAGCUACACUUUCUAUGCUUGUUGCGUGGUUUGCACCGCAUACGCAUACGUCAAGAUCAAAAGGAACUUCUGACAGAAUGUCAUCUUCACCGUCAUCAGCAACAGCAGUUAGGAUUUCCGAAGGUGCGGGGUCAUCCACUUCAUCUGACUGGAUUACGUUGAAAUUUGGUGGGUCCUCGCUCCAGAAUGCGACCUGCUUGCAUCGAGUGGCGGGAAUCAUACAGCGGACUGCUUCCUCACGUACGGCUACGGAUGGGGCUAGAAGUCUGCUUAGCAAGCAAGUCGUGCAGGACCAGGAAUCAAUGGACGAUGCGACCACUGGCCGGAUCGUGCAGUCGACGAGAAUGGAGGAUGACAGAACUAACGACGCUACAGCAGGCUCGUCUCGAAAUCGCGUUGCGGUGAUAUGCUCUGCCAUGGGCAAAACGACCAACAUGCUGCUAGAAGGUUUAGCGCGUGUGGAGGAAGCCGGAAAAGUCGACAUCGAACCAAUUCGCCAAUACCAUUAUCGGAUUUUCGAAGACCUGAUGUUGAUGCACGAUGAGCAUGGCCGUCCUCGUCCUCGCGAGGUGGACGAUAUUAGAACAAGUCAUUCCCAUUCCAAACGAAGGGGCCACUUCCUUGAGGAGAAGAUUGACCCAUUAUUCGAAGAACUCGAGUUAGUCCUUAGAGGAAUUUGCUUGCUCCGCAAUACCGGAGUCGUUCAGUCCGCUGCAUCGACAGACUUAGUCGUCAGUUUCGGUGAACGGCUGAGCAUUCGCUUCAUGGCCAUGGUCCUGAAAGAGCUUUACUCGGUGAACGCGAAAGCUCUCGAUUCUUGGGAUGUAGGAUUCGAAACUAUACAGAUUGCCGAUAAUGCAAAUCAGACUUCCUCUUGUGGAGUUCCGGCGCCUGGUGGAGUUGCAGAACAACCUCUGUCAGACAUGGAUAGCCACAGCGCCUUUUCAAGCCCUUUGUUGCCUGCUGACGCAUUAACAUCCGGUCAAAGUGGUCAUUGUUCACCUAGCAAGGCUUCUGCAGAAGCUCGAUCAUUCUCGUCAUCAACGUCAGCGUCUUCUUCCUCGUCCUCUGCAGAUGGUGAAGAGGCUAUCAGCUUCGCGCAGCAGCACAGAACAGAGAAAAAAGCUGAUCCGACCGAGAAAAAUUCGCACUCCAGUCAUGUGAUUCACGAAGGAUCUUAUGUGAGCAUCCGACACGCGAUUGAAAUGCAGUGCCGAAAUUGCAUCGUAGCCAGUACUACUUCUUCUUCUUCUUGUACAAGUAGUAAUAGGACCUCAACAGAUUCAGAAGUCGAUAAUCUUCCAAUAGUGCCGAUCAUCACUGGUUUCAUCGCGCGGGAUCGCUUAUCGAAAAAGGUGACGACGCUCGGGCGUGACGGUUCCGAUCUCACUGCCGCUAUUGUCGGUGCCGCUCUACAGUCUAAGCUAGUGCGCAUCUACAAGGACGUCGAUGGCGUCUUAACAGCGGACCCGAGGAUGGUGUCGAUGGCUCAGCCAGUUCCGCGUCUGACCUACGCAGAAGCAGCGGAACUGGCUUAUUUUGGUGCUAAAGUAGUGCAUCCGUCUUCCAUUCUGCCAAUUUGGACACGAGGCAUCCCGAUGGAAGUCUGCAACGCACUAAGUCCGGAAACACCAGGGACGCUAAUUACGACGUCGUCAACGCCGAGCUCGGAUACUGACUUGAAAAUGCUAACGACGAGCAGCAGGAGCAGCGGAGGCAGCCCCGCUAAAAUCCGUGCGAUUUCUUGUAAGCGUGACGUCACCGUGAUCGAGGUCAGUACGCCUCGAAUGUUGGGUGCUGUGGGCUUCUGUGCGCAGGUUUUCGACCGGUUCAAACGGUUCGGGGUUGGCGUCGAUACGAUCACCACAGCGGACACCGCGAUUGCUUUGUCACUGGAUCAGGGUUCUUUUUCGGAAAGCACGUUAGCCAGAUUGGAGGACGACCUGAGACGCAUCGCGUACGUCUCAGUCAAACGCAAUGCGGCCUUAGUGACAUUGAUCAUACCACCACCUCAGCCGACUCCGACAAUGGCGGGGAACAGUCAGGCAACUACAGAUUCAACAUCUACAUCUAGAUCCUGUUGCGGAGGAACCGAGAUCCUGCUUCUCGCAUUCCAAUUUUUCCGCAAACACGGAAUCCAAAUCCAGAUGCUCUCGCAUGGAGCGUCGAAAGUGAACAUGACGUUUCUAGUCGAAGACACGGAGGUUGAAUUUUGCGUAAGGGGACUUCAUGAGCUUUUUUUUGAAUAAACAAAACAGACCGGACACAACAAUCUAUCGUGUGAUACUCGCUUCUUUCUGCAUCAGCAACUGCAUUAUUCAAGAUGAUGACUGGUGGUUCAUACGCAUACGCACAACCUCUACCUCAUGCUCUAGUGAAGAGCUGCCAUAGUUCUACAAACAUGAGAACACGACGGCGGGCGGGGAAAAAACAUAUACCGUAUUCGUGCCUUGAACAUGAUGAAUGAACUGAAGGUAGUACCGAUUAGUCCUAGUAGAGGAGCUAUGUCUACAGGAAGAUGCUCGUAUACUUGUAGUUCCUAGAACUCAUAUUUUUGCAAUUCCGAUUUUGUAUCAGUACUAGUAGUAGUAGUAGUUCUAGAUGUAUCUAUCUUGUUCUUCUUCUUCUCUAUCACUAUCUUACAAAGAAAAGAAGAUACAUGAAUUGUUGCUGGGCAUUGACGUUGAACACCGAUACUCCUGAGCAGGACAUUUUACAUUAUUCUUACUUGAGAAUUACCGACUCCGACCUUCAGACUAAAAGA